AUGACACAACUUCACUUGGACAACACCAAGUAUCUACACAAGCUUCGCUUCUGCAAGUGUGUGCCUCUAGGGAGCAAACAUGGAGGGAGAGAUCAGCAACUUCAUCAUGGUGUGGACCUUGGUGGUGAUAUCCUCACCUAUUGCCACACCAUCGGUCAAACCGUCCCUACUGGAACCAAGAGGCUCUUGGCCAUUUCACCGGUCAUUGGCCUCUUCUUCGUGCUCCCUCUAAGCCUCACCACCAUCUCUCUUGGAGGCCUCACUUCAUUCUUCAUCGCUUGGCUUUCCAACUUCAAGCUCAUCCUCUUUGCCUAUGGCAAAGGCCCAUUGUCGUCAAGUCAAUCUUGCUUGUUGGCAUAUUUCAUUCCCAUCGCUUGCCUUCCCAUUAAGAUUCACAACCCGAUUGAGAGCACCAAAAAUGAAGAACACCCAUGUUCGGAGAUCAACGAGCGAGGCCUCAAGUCGCCGAUGAAUUAUGCCAUUAAGUGCUUGGUGACAGUUGCCUUUUUGCCCGCCUAUGAGAGGAAGGAUCGUGUUCAUCCGGUGAUGAUCAACUUGAUGUAUUGUGUGUAUGUGUACGUCGGAUUGGAGAUGUCCCUGGCUGUGGUCGGAGCCAUGGUCCGAACACUUGUCGGCGUCAGGCUUGAGCCACAAUUCGAAGAGCCGUAUCUCUCGACCUCACUACAAGAAUUUUGGGGGAGGAGAUGGAACCUCAUGGUCACAAAUAUACUUCGGCCUACCGUCAAGUCCAUUUCCAGCCGUGUGAUUGGAAGGAUGUGGGCCCCACUGCCGGCAUCAUUCGCGUGCUUCCUGGUCUCGGGCCUCAUGCAUGAGCUGAUUUUCUACUACAUUGGACGUAAGGAGCCAAGGUGGGUGGUCACCUCCUUCUUCCUCAUGCAUGGCCUCUGCGUAGCCAUCGAGAUCGCCGCCAAGAAAGUGUUCGCCAACAAAUUCCGUCUGCCGAGGGCAGUUUCGGGACCGAUGGCGGUCGGUUUCAUCCUCACGACGGCGUUGUGGCUGUUCCUACCGGCCCUAUUGUGGUGCGACGCUGAGGACAAAGCACGUGGAGAGGCCAUGGCGAAUCAACAAAUUGCCCACAUUAGCAAGUCACUUAAGAUGGCUAGAGAUGUUUAG